GUAAUUUCCCAGGUUUCUCUUCAGCCACUUCCGGGUCUUCCGUCGUUCCGGAAGCCCACGAAUUCCGGAAGCGAGGGCGACCCAGAUUCGGCUAGGAAAAGCCCAGCUUUCCCGAGAAUGUUUGAGAAAAGGUUGCGCGGCGCCCGGGCGUUCCGCAGACCCCACAGCUCUUGUCAGGUAUGAGGCAAAGCCCUCCAGAAGCAGAUGUGCAGCAGGACUCCACCACCUUUUGGUAGGCCACUGAGUGCUGAAGGGGCCACAGCAUCGGAGGAAAGACAGCAUCAGAGAAGAUAUGGCUGCCAGAGAAGAGAAUAUGCAGAAUGCAACCAGAGUGCUGAGGAUAAGUCAGCUGGAUGCACUUGAACUGAAUAAGGCCCUGGAGCAGCUCGUGUGGUCCCAGUUUACUCAGUGCUUUCAUGGAUUUAAGCCAGGACUGCUAGCACGCUUUGAGCCAGAAGUAAAAGCAUUUCUGUGGCUUUUCCUAUGGAGGUUCACCAUCUACUCCAAGAAUGCCACUGUGGGGCAGUCAGUUUUAAAUAUUCAGUACAAAAAUGAUUCUUCUCCCAACCUAAUAUACCAACCACCAAGUACAAAUCAGAAACUGUGGUAUGCUGUGUGCACCAUUGGGGGGAGGUGGUUAGAAGAACGAUGCUACGAUUUGUUUCGAAACCGUCAUUUAGCGUCUUUCGGGAAAGCCAAACAGUGUGUGAAUUUUGUGGUUGGACUUUUAAAAUUAGGUGAGUUGAUGAACUUCUUGAUUUUCCUACAAAAAGGAAAGUUUGCAACUUUGACAGAACGACUCCUUGGCAUUCAUUCCGUAUUUUGCAAGCCUCAGAACAUGCGAGAAGUUGGCUUUGAGUACAUGAAUAGGGAACUUCUCUGGCAUGGCUUUGCUGAGUUUCUGAUUUUUCUCUUACCACUCAUCAAUAUCCAGAAGUUGAAAGCCAAAUUGUCUUCCUGGUGCAUCCCCCUUACGGGCACUACUGGUAGUGACAGUACAGGAGGUAGCAGUGGAAAAGAGUGUGCUCUGUGUGCAGAGUGGCCCACCAUGCCCCACACUAUUGGAUGUGAGCAUGUAUUUUGUUACUACUGUGUUAAGAGUAGCUUCCUAUUUGACAUAUACUUUACGUGCCCUAAGUGUGGCACAGAAGUGCACAGUGUACAGCCACUGAAAUCAGGAAUUGAAAUGUCAGAAGUGAAUGCUCUUUAGAAACCAAGUUGUUUGCUCUGAAGAAAGUGUAUUGUAUCCAAUUCCUUGGGAUUAGUCAUCUUCAUUAUCAUCUGUAGGUGGCUUUUAACAGGAGUGAGCUGUGCAGCCACUCUCUGCCUUUCCAAGCACAACUCAGUUCUAAUCACUGGAAACCACAUGAUACUAGAGAAUCUUAGAAGUGAUCAUGUUAUUUUUUAGAUCACCUAAUACAAUUUUUAAUGUCAAGAAUACUGGAAAUUUUUUGACAGUUGAAUACUAAGAAUGCUCCUUUAUAGAAAAAGGUCAGACUCUAAAAAUAAAAGAUUUUUGAGACUCUGGGAUGAUUGUGCAUUUAUUCUCGGAGCUAAAGGAACAUUAUAAGCCAACAUCAAAGACUCGUUUAUGUGGAAUUUCAGGUUCUAUUGUCUUGCUGGUAACUAAGCUUUUCCCUGAAGCCAGCUUUCAGGAUUCAGUCCAUAGCUGUCAGACCCCGUCAGAGUUGAAUUCUUACAGAGUUGAAUUCUCAAAAUGUAGCACGUGCUUAAGGCAGCCUAAAAGUGAGUUCUGUGGACUGUGGGACAGCUAGGAUGAAGAACUCUAUUUUCUAAGCCUCUGCCUGGGAUCAACACUCAUGUUCACACUAAGCAUAUUGGUAAUCUUAGGAAGUAAGACUAGAGGAAUUCAUAUCACAUGGAAAUACAAAUGUAAAAGAACAAAAUAAAAGUUUAUAACAGGCUCACUCCCUGAGUUCUUUUUCUGAUCAAUAGUAUAUAUUUCUGAGGGAUACAGGUUAUAAACUCAGCUUGAAACCCUGCCUGUGCCAUUUCUGUGUAUAUGUCCAGAACAAUAAAUACAUGUUUAGAACACAAUUUAGCUUUUUGUUACUGUGAAAGAAUGUCCUGAAAACAAAGGAGAAAAGACUUCUUUGGAUGCACUGUUUCAGAGUUCUUAGCCCUAGGAUCGAUUGGAUCUCGUUGCUCUAGGUGUGGUGGAAGCCUGUGGUGGAACAAAAAUGUCUACUAUGGCAGACAGGCAGAUAAGAUAAGCUGGGGCACACCUCCAAGGAUCAGCUUCACAUAACUAAGCCAAACCUAGUUUCUUCCGCAUCCUAAUAAUGAUGUCAAAUUAUCAAUCUCUGAUGACGUCAGAGCCCUCAUAAUUCAACUACUUUCUGUCAGCUAACAGCCAUACUUUUAACACAUGAGCCUUCAGCAAACAGUUUAAAUUCAGACAACAGCAGAUGGGAUGGUAGUAAUUCUUUACAUUACUGGUGUCAUUAAGGUCCAGAAUUGGCUUCAUUCUCAGGGACAAUAUUGACCACAUUAGAAGUUUUCAUUCUGCCAGAUUUCUCAUCCCACUGGACUGAGACCCUCUUGCUGAGUAGUACAGCAGAAACAAUAGCUCCCCGUUACUGCUCUGACUUGGAUUACAUGCACAUUCAUAAACCAAUCAUGAUGAAUGGGGGGCACCCCAAGUCACUGUGGGUGACACUCGGGAAAGAACCUGUAAUCUAACAGCAUAGGAAGAGGCAGGCGCUGUGGUCUAACAGUGGAGACCAACUGUGGGUUAAAAAUGGCCUUGGCUCAUCAAUAAUGGCUACCUUCUGUUCUGUUCUGUGUAAUUUGGUUAAGAAGACAGGGAAGUUAGUGUUGCUAUAUUUGAAGAAGCCUUUAAACUUGGCACUAAGAGGCAAAAACUUGAUUUCUUUGAAACAUUCUCUUUUUAACCAAAAUGCUGCUUUUCCUAAUAGUACUCAAUAAGAGAAGUAUGGCUGUUUUAAAACGAUACUUUCAGCAACAAUUCUAAAUGUUCAUUUUAGCCAAACAACUUGAGCAACUUCUCUGUAGACUGACAGUCUUAAGUCUCUGAAGCUAGACCUAGUAUUUAGUGUGUGUGGUUAUAUAAACUAGAAUCAACUGAAGAUUUACCUUCAUGAACACAAAUAAUUAAGGAAGUGUCUUGCGUGCGUGUGUCCUUCAAAGAGUAUAUAAAGAAUGAAAUGAUAAAAUUUUUCAUCUUCUAUAUAACUUUGUUUCCUCUUUUCUAGAAAAAAGCUUACAGUUUUAAACUUUGAAAAAGUUGAAAUGCAAGGACCAUUUUGCACAAUGUCAUUGGCUGGGACAGUGUCCCUCACUGACUUGCAUACUGGGUUAUGGUUUUGGCAACUAUACUGAGUCCAGCAAGGUUAAAGCCACUUAGUCCUAAGGCUAGGAGAUGCAAAUGAAUUCUCUUCUCAACAUUAACUUCCUUUUUUGUUAAUUAUAGAACAAUAAGUUAUUAACAUGUUUAACAGGUCUUUUCUAAACCCUCGAGCCAAGAAAACAUAAAUAUUUUGAAGUUAAGUAACAUCGACUUUGAAAAUCAGGCUUAUGUGGACCUGUUUAUAUCUAUCAAAACCAGAAUUGGUCAGAAGAAAAUUAUAUGAAUUGUGGGUAUAGAUUUAUUGAAAAUAUGUUCAGUUCAACAUAGUUCAUAACAAAGGUAUGAAACCUCAACUAAAUGAAAGUAAGAAGCUGUAUACCUAAAUAAAACAAUAUUACAUCAAUACCAUGAGAAAGACUGCUCUACAAUAACAUGGAUGAGUCGUUUAAAAGUGUUCACCAUGUAAUAUUAAGGUGAUAGAAUUCAGAUACUAAAUUAAGUGUGAUAUAAUCUCAAUUAGAGAUAAAUAAACAUUAACAGUAAAUGCUCUUCCAUGUGACUCAGUUUUGCUUCUCCUGUUUUGUCUUUCCUAAAUUUUUAAAAUUAGCAAGUAUUUUUUAAUUACCAAAAAGAUAAUUUCCUAAAGAUCUCUCUGUGCAUUGCUUUUUAAAAAGUUUUUAUUGGAUAUUUUAUUUAUUUUCAUUUCAGAUGUCAUCCCCUUUACCCAUCCCCCUCCACCCGCAGAAACCCUCUAUCCCAUCCCCCCCUCCUCCUUUUUGCUUUGAUACCAUUUUUCAGCUCUAGGUGGAAAGAACUAGUAAAAUAAUGAAUGUCCAUUGCAUUUCAGUAGAGUUACUUUCAUGCAUUUGGUGUGUGAAAGGCAUUAUUCAUUUUGACCUAGGGCAAGUUACUAGUGGCUAUAACACAGUGAACUAGCUCUUUCCCCCCAUUAACUUCCUGUAGCCACCCCUCAGAGAAGGAUGGACCCUUAUACAUCCCUCCCCCUUCCAUGGUAGAAUAUCAGUGGGUCCCUGUCUUGUAAAAGAAACUGACAAAAAUUAGACAUAAGAAUGGAAAGGAUUUCAUGUGAAGAAGAAAGGUUUCAGUUGAAGCAGAUAAAAGAACUGUUUUAAGGGAUUCAGAAUGGUUCCUGACAUAAGGGAGUACGAAUGCCAGGGGUAUGGGGGUACAAAGUUGUGCAUAGGAUGUGUGUCCAUAUAGUAGCAAAGGAAUAAAUACACUUAAAAAUAUUUUAUGGUCCACUUUGCUGGAGGUCUAUCUAAAGGCAAAACAUCUGCACAGCUAUUAAACACAACUUUUAUAUAUGUAAACGUUUUGAAGAGUCGAUAUUCUAAACUGCUAGAAUCCCUAUUUUCUGUAUGAAUAUAAGGUCCACAUUUAUAGUAACCACAAUUUUAAAAAAUAUCUGAGUUGUUUCAUAUCUCUUAAAAAUUACAUAUGAAUUGUCAAAAUGUAAAAAUUCCUAAUCCCUUUUACUAAAGUACUUGUAGAGUCCACAAAUAAAUACAAGUAUUUGUAAACAAAGUGAGCAACUUUUUGUUAUAUUUUAAAAUAAAAUUUCUUGUUUACCUAA